AUGUCUGAUCGCAUGCCCAAAGUAGAUUUAAGCAAACUAAACACCAGUGAUCGUGAAUUUAUGCAACGCAUUAAUCGCGAGAAUCUAGAAAGGGUCGCAAAUUUGAAGAGAAUCAGAAGAAAUAACCUGAUAACUGCUGGCAUUCUAGGCGGUAUCGUCAUCGGUAUCUACUCCUAUACUAUCCACGCUGUAAAACAAGAAACCUUUUUGGACGAUUUCGAAGAGCCAGCAAAAAUCACCAAGCUUAAAGCUAUCAAACAAUUAUCUCAAAAUUUUCUUAUGGAUGAGAGAAUCACUGACAAAAUUGUUCGAGCAGCUGGAAAUAUUGCAAAUCACCAUGUAUGUGAAGUGGGUCCUGGUCCUGGUAGCAUUACAAGGUCCAUAAUUAAAAUGCAACCACAUAAGCUUAUUGUUGUCGAAAAAGACCCUAGAUUUUUACCUUCCUUGGAACUUCUGCAAGAAGCCUGCAAAUCUUACACCAACUUACAUAUUGAAAUUGGAGACAUUCUCACAUACAAUAUGGAAAAAGGUUUUGAAGGAGCUCAGAAAUUUGAUUGGACCUAUACACCACCCCCUAUCCAUUUAAUUGGCAACCUUCCAUUUAGUGUUUCAACUCAUUUAAUCAUUAAAUGGUUGGAGUUUAUAUCACAAAGAGCAUCUGCUUGGUCUUAUGGUAGAACACCAAUGACUUUAACAUUUCAAAAAGAAGUUGGAGAAAGAAUGGUGGCUCAAAUAAACAGCAAACAAAGAUGCAGGCUGUCUGUAAUUUGCCAGUUAUGGUGUAAUGUUCAAUACAAAUUUACCAUACCAGGCUCAGCUUUUGUUCCAAAACCAGAUGUUGAUGUGGCUGUAGUCACAUUAGUUCCACUCAAAACACCUUUAAUUGAUGCCCCAUUUGCAAUGGUAGAAAAAGUUAUCAGGACUAUUUUCAAUACCAGGCAAAAGUAUUGCCAACGAGGAGUAGAAAAAUUAUUUCCAGAACCUGUGCGCGAAGAGCUAACACAAAAACUAUUAAUAUUAUCCGAAAUUAAUCCAACUACAAGGCCGUUUCAACUUAGCAAUGAAGAUUUUGUGAGAAUAAUUUACUCCUACAAGUUGCUUUGUGAUGAUUAUCCUAAAAUCAUUGACUAUAACUAUAGAAUGCCUAAAGUUGAUAGGGAUGAAUAUUUUCGACAAUUUGAAGAUUCUCUAGGAACUUGUUAA